AUGAGCGACGAGCGGCGACGACUGUCUCCGUGGACGGACAGUGUCGACGAUGUUGAGGCGGUGCCGUCUGUGCCACGGCGCUGGAACCGGCGCAAUGACUACGACGACAGCGGCUACUUGUGGUUUCGAACUCCCGUGCGUUCGGCAGACAUUGUCGAAGCGACGGACCAUCCGCGACAGUACGAGUACACUGUGAACGGCCGGAAGCGGGUGAAGUCUGGAUCGGCGACGACGACGUUGGGCACGAAAGUGGAGCUCAAUGGAAAGACAGUGGCGAUCUUCAAAUACAAAGGUGGGCUCUACGCCAUCCAGAACGCAUGUCCCCACCAAGCUGCAUCGCUCCAUCUUGGCGAUAUCGAAGACAUUGACGGUACACUGUGCAUCUCGUGCCCUCGCCACAAGUGGCCGUUUUCUCUCGAAGAUGGGCAGUGCCUUCUUCCGGUCAAUUGCCAAGCGGAGUGCUACCCGAUUCGCGUUCGACAAGAGAGAGACGGAUCGGAGAUCCUCUAUGUAGGUUUCACGGCAUUCUCCGAUACAUUGUUUCACGACGACUCGUUUUGA